AUGUCUACAAACAGCUGCCUGGACGAGGAAGAAGAAGAAGAGGGGCCAAUUCAGUCGAACCAACCGUUGCUGAAUCCAACAGAGACAGAGAGAAACAGGUCUCCAGCGCAAAUCAAAGAAGAACAAAGGCGAAAGGAAACGAUACAGUUCUACGUCGAGCAGCUUACACUGCUGUUUUAUCCGUUGAUUGUAACGUUUGCAUUGACCUGUUGGAUUGAAAUGACGUUGGACAUCGAUAGUUCGCAAAUAAGUAAUCCGUUGAUGGUGUAUGAUGAACUACCAUCAGACAGUGUAAGCACUCGACUAGGUGGUAGUGUGCUCAAUGCCAUUACCGUUGUUUGCGGGAUCACUCUCAUGACAUUCAUGUUUGUUCUAUGCUUCAAAUAUCGAUUAUACAAAUUUUUGUUCUUUUGGUUGGGCUUAUCUGUGUUGUCCAUUCUUGGUGUAACAGCGUCUGCAUUGUGGAUUGAAAUGCUGAAUGCGUAUAACAAGCCAAUGGAUUACCCCACCAUGCUCUUUUGUACCUGGAAUGUGGCAGUUGUAGGCGUCGUAGCUAUAUUCUGGAAAAGCCCUUUAUGGGUACAGCAAAUCUAUUUGGUGCUGGUCAGUGCGGCCACAUCAAUCAGUAUGCUAAAAAUGCCGCCUUGGACCACAUGGACAGUGUUGAUAGCAGUGGCAAUUUACGACCUGUUCGCAGUUCUCUGUCCUGCGGGCCCUUUGAGAUUAUUAAUCACCAUGGCCGAAGAACGUCAAGAGAAUAUACCAGCAUUAGUAUACUCUGCUGGCAUGGCUAGUUUGGAUACUGAGAAUGACUUUAUUGGAGGUUAUAGGACACAGGAAUCCAAUCAUGCUAGCAAAAGCCAAAGUAAAUGGCUGCCAUUCACCAACGCAAACAAGGGCUACCGCCCACUACACAACGAUGAAUCAGAUGAAACCCCCACAUCCAGUAUUGCCUUAUCGACAUUUGGGCAAUCAAGAGACGUUGAGCGACAAAGCAUCACUGAAGCAGGAGAAGUUGAAGACGAGGAAGAAGAGGAGGAUGAGAUGAAUGCAAUCAAAUUGGGGUUGGGUGAUUUUAUUUUUUAUAGCGUCCUCGUGGGGAAAGCAGCGAAAACUGAUUCUGUCACAUUGUGUCUAUGUAUCAUUGCCAUAUUAACAGGGCUGUCACUGACCAUUCUCAUAUUGACGCUGAAUAGAAGGGCACUGCCUGCUCUACCCAUAUCCAUCUUAUUUGGCUGCAUCACCUACGCCAUUGCCUACUACAUGACUAGCCCCAUGCUAUUUGCUCUAUCCUUGCAAAAUAUAUCCUUGUAG